AUGGCAACAAAACAUAAGAAUAUAUUUACGCGAACCAAGCCCUUAAUGAAUAUCUAUAGUGGAGUGGACAACCAAGGAAAAGAGGUUGAGGUGCGCGAGGAUGCAGAACAACUGGUCAAGUGGCAUGAAAUCUCAGACGCUCUUGUAGCAGCUGGCUACUACAGGGCGCAGCUUCAAGGAUUGUCAGCUUUUGAUAAAAUUGUUGGUGGCCUCACCUGGUGUAUUGAAUUAUGUGACAUUGAUAUUGAUAUAAAUUUGCUUUUUGAAGAAAACCUGACUAUUGGUAAAAAAAUAGCCCUCACUGAGAAAAUAGUAAAAGUCUUACCUACAAUGAAGUGCCCUUAUAUUAUUGAACCUCAUCAGAUUCAAGGACUGGAUUUUAUUAAUAUUUUUCCCCUUGUGCAAUGGCUUAUAAAAUAUUCAAGUGAAUUUCGCGAAGCAAAAGAAGAUGAACUGAGAAGGUUUGCAGUCAUGCAAUAUGAGAAGGAUCACAUUUUUGAGUCAGAUAGAGCACAUUAUAUGCAACAAGAAAAAUUAUUGAAGAACCUAGCUAUGGUUCAGAAUCUCUAUAAACCAUGUAGAGUUCGCAAGAGAAAGGAAGGUGUACAAACAAAUGAGUUAGAGCAGCCGGACGAAGGACUUGAAGUAUUGUAUGAUUAUGAAAAAACAUUAGCUGAUCCAUCAGAAAUAACAACUGAAACAGAUAAGUUCACAGAACAAGACAAUUUAGAAAAAGAUGUUGCGGAUACGAAAAUACAUUAUGCAGUACUACAUUCCGAAUUAACCGGAGAUGUACCGCGUGAAUUAGAAGAGAGUGAGAAGUUGAUAUACUCUGCAGACAUUGAUCAGCUGACAAAAGUAAUUGAUUCAAUGGAAAAUGAAAUAGAUACAGUGAGAAAGGAACACGAAGAGAAAAUGGACAAAGCAAAGAGACAAUAUUCAAAUGCGCUUAGUAAAUUGCAGAGAAUUACUAGGAAAUUAGUGAAAACUGAAGAUUUCUCAGAUAAGAAGGUGAAGGAAUUCUACAAAUCAUUGAAAGAGCUUGCCAAAGAAAGGAAUGAUUUGUUAAAAAUUAUUCAACACAGAGAGACGGAACACAAGAAACUCCAAGAAGAAUUAAGAGGUGAGCAAGAGCCAACUGCCGUGAUACACGAAGAGCCGUUAACGCCUGAGGAGUUAAAAGAAUUCCAAGAAAGAGAGAAAAAGCUGAAAGAUUUUAUAAGUAAGACGAGGGCAGAGCUAGGUCAUUUAAAUCGUCAAGUGCUGAAGUACACUGUGGCGAUAGACGAAAUACCCGGUACAGCUGAGCUUCUGCAGUAUGAAAAACGAUUCGUGGAACUGUAUAACCAAGUUUCAUCAAAGCAUAAAGAAACAAAACAGUAUUAUAUAUUCUACAACACGCUGUACGAGGUCAAACUAUAUACUUCAAAGGAAUUGAGUUUGCUAAAUUCCAUAUUGGAUAAUUAUGAUGAGGUCAUGUCUUCGCCGAGAAAGCGCGAAGAAUUUAUGUCGCAGUUCGAAUCAAUAGUGGACUGGGUGAACCAAACCGUCCGAAAGGUGGAACAGAAGUAUAAAACCGAGAAGGAGCAAAAGGCGGCCCUACACACGGAGUACUCGAGGUUGAUGGACGUGCAGCGUCAGUAUGCGGCCGCCUUAAAGAAAUUGGCGUCCGAACGUCACAGGAUCGGCUCAGAGGAACAUUGA